AUGUUGUUUAUUUGGAUUCUUCAAUUAUUAUUAUUCAUCUCAGUAUUAUCUAAUAUGCGAUGUUCAAAUGAAUUUCCACCUAUACUACCAAAAUAUCACCUGAUGGAGAAAUGCCACAGAUCCAAAUUGGGACUGGCAGCUAAGGCCAGAUACACGUCUCUGAUCAGUUGCCAGCGACUUGCCAUUGAAAAGAAGGCCUUAUCAUUGAACUUCAGUCCACCUGAAGCCGCGGAAAGUAUGAAGGAUCCCCUCGAGUACACGUGUGAAGUGUUGAAGUGCGCUGAAGUCGACGGUGGCACGUCAUUGACGAAUGAUAUGAGAUUCGACUAUUACAGUUUAUAUGCGAAACCUUUACCCAAUGCAAAUUCUACAUGCAUACCAGCAACAGGCAUGUUCUACCUUAUCACCCAGAAGUAUAACUACACGGAAGGUCAGAAUGCAUGUAAGAACAUAAGUGGUGUUCUGGCAGAUAUUACCAGUGAGCAACGUACAGAAGCGCUCGGCCAGAUGCUGGCCGGAUCAAAUGUGGAGGCUGCCAUCAUUGGAAUGAGAAGAAAGAAUGAGAGCACCUUCUAUGCAAUCAAUGGUAAUACAUUGGACUGCACGACCUAUCGUGCUUGGAUGCCGGGGCAUCCAAGAAGAUAUUAUGACAAAUAUGACUGUGCUAUCAUUACUCGACAUAAAAUGUGGAAAUCUACAUCAUGUAAAAAACGAUACCCAAUUGUUUGUGAACUCAUUCCGGGAGGCCCAUAUAAAAGAGGAUCAAUUUUUGCUUCGAGAAGAGUAGAUAACAGUACAAAAGUAAUGAAUGAAACUGUUAAUUCAGAUGCUAAUUAA